CACAUUCUUUUUUCCUCCCAGGUGAAUGUGUACAAAACAUAACCAGCCCUCUGAAGCAGUUUACACAAUCAAGUUCUCUCCUUUCAGGGGAUGGCCCGGGUCCAGGAUGGGCACACAGAGGAAUAUGACAGCUCUGUGAUGUUAGAAGAUGGUCAAGAUGGAAUGGACAGUGAUAGCCUGACUCCUGGUUUAACUCGAGAGGUUUGCAUCCAACGUCAUCCAAGCCACGGCUUCGGUUUUAUUGCUGGCAGUGAACGGCCUGUCGUUGUGCGCUCUGUCUCUGCGGACGGACCAUCAAGUGGCAAGCUUUAUCCCGGAGAUCAGAUCCUAGCCAUCAACCAGGAACUUGUGAGCGACGUUCCCCGGGAGAAAGUCAUAGACCUUGUAAGGUGUUGCAGGGACUCGAUUGUUCUCACUGUGCUGCAACCACAACAGUCACCUAAGUCUGCCUUCAUAAGUGCAGCCAAGAAAGCUCGUCUGCGAACCAAUCCCCCCAAAGUGCGCUUUUCUGAGCAAGUGUCCAUCAGCGACCCAGACUCAACCAUGCUUAAAGACGACUCUCUGCUUCUGAUACCAAAUGUGUUGAAGGUGUUUCUUGAAAAUGGACAGAUCAAAUCCUUUACAUUUGACAGCCGCACCACUGUUAGGGACGUGAUUUCAUCACUGCAGGAUCGCCUCUCUCUACGCUACAUUGAGCAUUUUGCUUUGGUGUUGGAGUCUGGUGGACUGGCUCAGAAUCAGAGGCUGCAUCUACUCCAGGAAAACCAGCCACUGUCUCAUGUAGUCCAUAGGACUUACUUCCAAGGAAUGAAGUGUCUUUUCCGUAUCUGCUUCUUCCCAAAGGACCCCUCUGAUUUGUUAAGGAGAGACCCUGCUGCAUUCGAGUACCUCUACAUACAGAGCCGCAAUGACGUCAUUAAAGAGCGAUUUGGAAUGGACUGGAAGUUUGAUGUCACACUUAGGUUGGCAGCCCUUCACAUCUACAUCACUGUGUCAAUUGCGAGACCUAAUCAGAAGAUCUCUCUAAAGCAUGUUGAGAAAGAAUGGGGCUUAGAACCUUUCCUUCCUUUGGCUUUGUUGCCAACCAUCAAGGAAAAAAAUGUCUGCAAGACUCUCUCACAGCUUUUGAAGACAUAUCAGCAUCCCCCACCAGCUGGUAAUAAGGUUUCUCCUCUUCAAGGAAAACUACAAUACAUGCGUGUCUUGAAUGACCUUCCACCAUUUGGAGGCUUCUUGUUUCACACAGUUGGCUUGGAUGAGAAGCAAUCAGCCACUACCCUAUUGGUCGGACCAAGCCAUGGCAUCAGUCAUGAGGAGAAGCAAUCAGCCACUACCCUGUUGGUCGGACCACGCCAUGGCAUCAGUCAUGUGAUCGACCUGAAGAACAACCUAACAACUGUCUUAGCAGAGUUCAGCCGUGUUGCCAAAGUCCAGCUGUUUAGAGAGCAUCAUGGAGUAGCCCGGGUCGAGGUUGUUAUUCUGGACGCAAAGCCCUUGGUCUUGUUAAUGGAGUGGCCAGAUGCAUCAAACUUUGCCUGUUUGAUCUCUGGCUAUUACAAGCUAUUUGUGGACCCUAAAAGGACUAUCUACUGCAGGAUACCUGGUCAGCCUUAUGUGAUCAAGGCAGAUUGCAGAAGCUCCCAUGCCCAAACCAGAUCUGGAGCCACUGUGUUAAGUGGAAGUGGUCGGGAAGAGCGAGAGACAUCAUCCAGAGAGACAACACAGAAGACAUCAGCAUCGCCCAUACCUCAGCACCUUGGCCUAUGCCACAUUCAUUUGAAAGAACAACAACAGCUGCAAGAGUUUCAGAUACAAGCUGAACAGGAACUUGACAUUAACGAGAACCUCAUUUCGCAGGUGCAGAGUCGCUCACGAACAAAGUCUGACCCCACUUUAAAGAGCACUGAAUCUGUGGCUGAACACGAUGGACCCACUGAGGAGAGCUUGAGCUUCAGGAACAGAGCAAAAACACUUGAGACCUCACAGAAGUUUUUUUGUGAAUUUUGCAAGGCAAAACUCCAAGCUGAAGGUAUAAUCCAAAAAACUGGGGAGACUGGAAGACUCAUUUUGCAGCAGUGCACAAAUGCAUGUUCUUCUCGUGAAGGAGGGGCUGUUGACCUCAUUGCCUUACCACUACCUGGGAAUGAGGAAGAUGAGGAGAUAGAGGAUGGAGGAGGAAAACUGCAACCCCCCACUCAUGCUGCAAUUGCAGCACCACCCCCAGGGUUUCGUGAUAACAGCUCUGAUGAAGAUGAUCCGAAAAAGGGUCGGAAAGGAAUCAAAGCCUCCACUGCUGUGGCACAGGGUCAAGAUGAAGUUCCGGUAACACUGAUUGAUAAUGUGACAACAAGAACAGUUCAAGACCAUGCUCAGGAGUUAGAUGAUGCAUUAGUAUCUACCCUACAGGCGCUGGAAGCACUAGCUGCAUCGGAGGAUUAUCCACACCAUCAACAGCAGACACCACAGACAACAGGGUUGAUUGUACUGGCUGCCAUAACUCCUGAAUCAUCUCUAGACUCUGGACAUGAGACAAAUUCAUCAGAGUUAACUGAUGUGUCGGAGAUGGUUUCUGCCAUGAAGCAACAUCAGAACCAGGCCUAUUUACUAGCCCACCACAUCAACAAAGAGCGACUUUUCAGUCGACGAGAUUUCCCCUUGACAAUCCCUGGCUGUACAACACAAGCUAUUGGUGGAGGGGCUUUUUCAAUGAGUCAGAUCCGUGGCAGCUGUCCACCAAAGCCUGUGAUUUUAAGUAAGACCUUGCCCCUAAAAAUAUCUCCAAAUAAAGAAAUUAGUCACUCUGAUAAGUCUGCUGAGUGGGGCAAAAGCCAUGAAGCCAACGGUGAGAAGGAUAUAGAAAUAACUGAAAAGGACCUUGUCACAGAAUGCUUGGAAGAAUCGAAACUGCAAAUUUCUGAGGAACUUAAAGCACCAGAACAUGGGAGUGCUCCCCAAGUCAACACAGAACUACUUCUCGCUAAUGAAGAAAAACCAAGCACCAUUACCUCAGAAGGUGCACAGGAAGAAGACUCUUGUGCAAAAACCCUUGAAACUACUAGUAUAGCCUUACCUGUUCUCUUGCCUGUGGAUAGAACUACAUCUGCAAAGAUUUGUUCAACAAAUAGGUGCCAAGAUGCCGAGAAUGCCUCAAGUGAGACCACUAAGCCUUCAAGUUCAAAAGGCCUUCUACCAACAGCUGACUUAUUCUGCACAUGUCCAAUACGACCAGAGCCUGGCCCACAGGUGCGUCUGAAAGAUCCACAGGUUCAAAAACUGGUAGUGUUUCACUCACUGUCUCCCACAGAUGAUGAGCGUCUUCAUGCUCAAGGACUUCAGUUAGCUAAAGAGAACACUGCAAAGACAUCAGAUGCAAGCUUAGUGACGCCCAACACCCUGCCUUCUACUAAGUACUCACCAGUUAUGUCUGCUAAAGUAGAAAAAAAAGAGAUGUCAGAGGCAAAGGCAGAGAACUCCCAGAGUAAAUCCCCUGUGGAAAUACAGAAAGUUGCUAAAAGUUUACCUGUUAAUGUAGACCCAACACACAUGUUGAGUUGUGUGGAAAAGGGUGCAACGAUCCCAGGUGCUGAGUAUAAGAAACAGGCAAAUAACAAAGGCAAAUCUCAGCGAAGUACUCCAUUCCUAAGUUUUAGGAACUUAAUUUCAGCCACUUUUCCUGCACGUUUGCGCAGAGAAACAGAUGAGCGUCGUGCACAACUUCAAAAGGUCAGGCAGUAUGAGCUAGAGUUCCUAGAGGAGCUUCUAAAACCUAAAACAUCACAAGGAGAGUUCUUGCCACAGGGAUCUUCUCCUGUUCCUUCAUUUACCCCAUGUGCCUGCCAGCUGCGCACAAGUCCUGUACAAAAAGUUCCUGGGAUCUCAAGAGAACAGAGGCGCAGUUGUGAUUGUAAAAGAAUGUGCCGUGGAAUGCGUCUCCCAGAUACAGCUGUUGGUUCUGCAACAGAACAGAGAGGAAGAGAACGGGCAAUUUCUAAAACACCCCCAGCUAUUCCAAAGUCUCCACAUACUCCACAAGGUGAAUUGCAAAAAAAUCAGACUUUAGAAAUCAAAACUACUCGAAUCCGUUCCACAAGUCUUGAGUCAAGGGAACCCAGAGAUAUACCAACAUCAUGCUUGCCCAUGUGCACCACCCGUACAGAAUCCAUAGGUGCACCACAUUACAAAAAGCUACAAAGGAGAUAUAGUAUAGGGGAAAUCGAAAAUAAUGGCAGCACCCCCCUGUAUGCUGAAGUUAAAACUACAAAAGCAAAGAGCCUUGAGAAAGAAAUGGAAAGAGUCAGGGCCACUGGACUUCGACUUCCAACUCCAGUGGAGCCUGUACAUACUAAAGAUGGGGACGCAAAGAAGAUAUUUUAUAUUCAGGGAGAGGAGAUCCUUCAGGAAAGUCGUGAGGGUACAGCUGAAGUUCUAGGAUUACCAAGUGAGGAUACAGAGGACAGAGAAAAAUGUUGCUCUUUCUGCUUUUGUUAUCGCAAAUGUGAGGCUGCUGAUGAAAGCAGCGAAAAAGAUGAACUCUCUUAUUCCAUACCCUUACAAGUCUUGCCUGGAAUGCAUCUAGAUUCCAGAACAAUGCCAGUUAUCAGCAAAACUCUUCAGGUACUUGAUGCAGAGGACUGCUGUGGAGAAGAGGAGGUGCAAGAAGAGGAGCCACAAACACAAAGGAUUGAUCUUCGUGUAUGUGGGAACCUGGAAGCUAGCUUGGCAAGAGUAAAAUCUUUGCAAGACAAAACAUUCUCGUUGCCGGAUGGAUUCUUAAAUGCGCAGCUUGAUGCAAAUGAGCUGCUCUCAAUUUUAAGGCAGUGUGCCAACAGUCCCCAAAUAGAGGGUGAACCACGUAUCCCUUCUGCAACACUUGCAGAGUACAAGCAAGAACUUGCAGUCCGUUUUAAGGAGUUCAGGGCAUCGUGUAGACGAGUGGCAAGUGUUGAGAAAAGUCCCUCGCGAAUGCUAAGUGCUGUCACAGCUAGCUUUCAGGUGCUGUGUAACCUUACUCAGACAUUCAUUCAACUGGUCAGGGGAGUAAGAUCUGAAACUCAAAAACUACAGCUUUUACGUAAGGUAGAGGAGGUAGCCGUCAACUACACACUUCUUCUCCGUGCUGCUGAAGAGGCAAUGGGACAUUCUAGUAGCCUCCCAAAUAAAACUGCAAGUCCUCAAGUUCAUAUAUCUAUUAAUAUGGGCUCUCUUAAUCGCUCUAUCAAAACCUUGCCCAGCAAAUAAUAACUUUGUGGGGUAAACCAGAAAGACACUCCGGCAGGAAUCUCUUUAGAUCAUUCAUUGGUUUACAUUUUUUAAAUUACCUUUCUGUUCACUGCCUGCUAAAUUCUGUAACUGCAUAUCUAUCUACUGUUUUAUGUUUAUUAAGGUUGUGCAACUUGUACCCUUAAAUGAUUUUUUGUCAUUAAUUGUGCACAGAUUUGAAGAAAAAAAUGUAGAAGUUCAACAGGGCUGUUCACUCUCAUGUACUUAGAGAAAGAGUACUAAGAGUACUGUGAAAUUGACAUUUUUCUAUGUUUAGUUGUUCCUAUAUUUAAAUCACAAAAUGACUGUAUUGGGAAGGGCUAGUGGGGCCGGGCCUGUCUGGGUUAUUUUGUGUCUUAAAAGUGAUUUAUAUAAUAUAAUAUAGGGAAAAUUAUAUUACCAUUAUUAAAAUACUAUAGAAACAUUAUAGCUACAUAAACUAAAAUACAUGCCCUGAGAGUGGCAAAAAAAAGAAAAAAAAAGAAAAUUUAAUGUUUUGUAAAUUAGAUAGAGAGAGAAACAAAUAUUUAAUAAUGUGCUUGUUUUUCAACUUUGUUAGUUGUGACAUAAAGUACUCCCUUUUAUCAAUAUCACAUUCACGUUGUCUGGAUUUGUGUCUCUAACAAGAUAGUUGAAGGAAACACUUGCCCUCGAAAGACAAUGUAGCAGAUUCAAAUUCACUGGAAUAACAUUUGAAAGAAUACAAUAAUUGAGCUGAGAAUUUCUCCUUAAUGGCGUGUAGUGGCAAACAAUGGCAUUAUUUAUUUAUUUAAUUAAUUUGAUUGUUUAUUUGUUAGCAUUGGAAAAGUGGAUGGGGUUUCUGAAGCCUCAUAAUUUAGUGCAAACUAUAAGCUAAUGCUUGUGUAUAUAAAAUAAAGCCGAUUUGUUUCCACUUAUACCCUAAAUACAUAUACAGACAUCCAGUGUUCCACAACACUUUCAGAAAAUUGUUUUGAUUUCUAUUCUAUAAUUUGAAAUGUCUUAUAUGUAGAAACCUUUAUUUUUGGAUUUUCAUGUGACGUCAUCCAUUGUGCACACCUCACACAGAAUAGUUUUAUAUGUAUUUUAAUAAAACCAACUACUGUCUUACAUCUGAAAA